AUGGAGUCACCCUUUGAAUUUCGGGCAUUGGAGAUUAGUAGUCGAAAUUUGGACAGAGUUGGUAAACUGAAGAGUGCAAUGACAAGGUUGAUUGCUAGAGUUCAGAAGCAUGAUACUAAUGUUCCAAUUGUUCAAUCAGAGGAGCCCCCUUUUAAGGUUCAAAAAAUUAUAGGUGAGGAGUUUCAUAUUAAUUCUUUGGAAUGUGAAACAGGAAAGCGUCUUCAAAUAUGGGAAUAUCCAAUGAGUCAAAGAGAUGAGAUUCAAAUAGCUUAUUUAAAAUGGGGUCCAUAUCAAAUGCAACUUGAAAACUAUCCUUAUUCUAAGGAAAAACAUCCAAGGAGAUUUCAAUCUAGUUGGUUUAAAAUGUUUCCUUCUUGGCUAGAGUAUUCCCCGGCUAAUGAUGAAGCUUAUUGUUUGGCAUGUUAUCUAUUUAGUUCAAAGCCAGAUGGUCAUUUUGGAUCAGAUGUGUUUACUAAACAAGGUUUUAGAUCAUGGAGAAAGGUUAAUGCAGGAAAAAGAUGUGCAUUUCUCAACCACAUUGGAGAUAGUCCUUGGUCACCGCAUAACAAUGCAAUGAAAGCUUGUGAAGACUUGUUGAAUCAAUCUAUGCACAUUAAUAACAAUAUAAAUAUUCAAAGUUCAGAACAAGUUUGCAAGAAUUGUUUACGGCUCAAAACCUCUAUUGACACAAUUCGUUGGCUAGCAUUUCAAGCUUGUGCAUUUAAAGGCCACGAGGAAACACCAGAGUCAAGUAAUAAAGGUAACUUUCUUGAAAUGAUUAAACUUCUAGCAUCAUAUAAUGAUAAAGUGGCACAAGUUGUGUUAGAAAAUGCUCCGUAUAAUGCUAAGAAUACUUCUCAUCAUAUUCAGAAAGAAAUCUUGCACAUUUUCUCUAGAAAAGUAAGAAGUCACAUUCGAGAAGAAAUUGGAGAUUCUAAAUUUUGCAUAAUUGUUGAUGAAGCACGUGAUGAAUCUAAAAAAGAGCAAAUGGCUAUUGUUUUGAGAUUCGUAGAUAAGGAUGGAUAUGAUGGUGUUAGUAAUAUGAUGGGAGAGUGGAAUGGGUUGCAAGCAUUAUUUCUCAAUGAUAAUCCUUAUGCUUAUUAUGUGCAUUGUUUUGCUCAUAGACUACAACUUGCUUUGGUGGCUGCUUCAAGAGAGGUCAUUCCAGUUCAUCAACUUUUUUCAAAUGUGGCUUUUAUCGUAAAUGUUGUGUAUUCCUCUAGUAAACGUCAUGAUGAGUUACAAGCUAUUGAAUUAGAUGGAAUAACUCAAUUGUUAGAAAUGGGUGAACUUGAAACUGGUAAAGGAAAAAAUCAAAUUGGCACUUUAAAACGAGUUGGUGAUACUCGUUGGAGCUCGCAUUUUUAUUCCAUUUGUAGUAUGAUGAAGCUAUAUAAUGCAUCUUGUCUGGUUCUUCAAAAAAUUAUUGUUGAUGGAUCAACUUAUUCUCAAAGGGGUGAUGUUGAUGCUGCAUUGAAUAUGUUGUCUUCAUUUGAGUUCAUAUUAAUUUUACAAUGA